GCUGCCCAAUAGGAGAAGGGGUUGCGUUGAUGGAGGGCUCAGUCCCGCAAUGAGGUGGCGGGGCGGGAUGUGAGGCCGCGGCGGGAGGCGAUGGCGGCCGCGACGGGACGGUUGGAGCUGGCGGCCGCGCUGCGAGAAAUGGCACAGGAAGACAUGGAAGUAGAUCUCCAGCCAGCAGUAGAGGAAUUUCCUGUACAGGCCUCUGGUCAUUCUCUGCUACCAUUGUCAGCUAAUACUCCAGUGCCUGGUGAAGAAACAGAAGGCAUUGCAGCUCCUCCUAGUCCAGGAGAAACAGAUGAUGAGUCUGACCCACAGCUGAAUGGUGCAUCUGCUGUAGAUAGGCUGCAGAGGCUACGUGGGGUAUUAGAGUUGUUUCGAUUGCAGGCUACACAGCCAGUUGCACAACAAGAACAACACUUCCCUCUCCUGGUGUCACCAACAAGAAGAACUCGUCACCAGCAGCAAAGAGUUGGUGGGUCCCAGAGGACAGGCAAUGCCAGGCCUAGGGGACGAUUAGAUAGAUAUUUUAGUUUUAGCAGGACCCAAAGGGCAGCAACAGUAGCAGCUCCGCUGCUGGAGACUUUGCGUCUCCCUGUGAACAACACAGGUCACAGCUCUGAUGAAACCGUGGAGUUGAGUGACUCUGACAGCAGCAGCUCUUCAGAGCUGGGUACAACAGCAGCAGCCCAGGAGGAGGCACCUGCAGCAGAUGGCUUGAGAGCUUCUGAUCAGGUCCAAACAGAGGCCCCUGGAGCUUUGUAUUCUGCAGAGCAUGAAAGUCAUAAUGGUGAGGGGGCCACAGUCCAACAGAAACAGACCAGUCCACUAAAGAAACCUGAUACAACAGUUCCCACUGUACCCUUGGAUGAUGAAGAGGGAGAUAUCUGCACCAUCUGCUUUGAGCAGUGGAGCAAUGCUGGGGAGCACAGGCUCUCUGCACUCCGGUGUGGACACCUCUUUGGGUAUACUUGCAUUGACAGGUGGCUCAAGGGUCAGGCAGGGAAGUGCCCCCAGUGCAAUAAGAAAGCAAAGCGCUCUGACAUUGUGCUCCUGUAUGCCCGUACUUUGAAAGCACUGGACACCAGUGAACAGGAGCGCAUGAAAAGCUCUUUAGAAAAAGAGCAAGUGCUGAGGAGACAGGCAGAACUGGAAUCUGCCCAGAGCCGGCUGCAGCUUCAGGUCUUGACUGAUGAGUGUAGUAAACUUCGCAAGCAAGUCCAGGAGCUGAAAGCAUUGAUGGCCCAGCAUAACACCAGCGCUUCUCAGCAACCUGGCAGCUCCCGUUCCUAUUUACCAGGUACUCUCCCAUCAAGCCAGAGCCAGCACAAAUACCACUUUGAAAAGGCCUUCUUGGUUUCUCGGUCUGGGAGCUGCAGGGUCAUGGCUUACUGCGACUCAUUGAGUUGUCUUGUGGUGUCACAGCCCUCUCCACAGUCUACGCUUAUUCCUGGCUGUGGGGUAAAGAUGAUGAGUGCUGCCAAUUUGAGAAGCAGUCAAUACAUCCCCAUCCAUAGUAAGCAGAUCCGGGGAUUGGCUUUCAGUAAUCGGACCCAUGGCUUGCUCUUAUCUGCUUCUUUGGACCAUACGCUCAGACUUACCAGCUUGACAACAAAUACUGUGGUUCAAACAUACGAUGCUGGCCGUCCUGUCUGGAGCUGUUGUUGGUGCCUUGAUGAUACCAACUACAUCUAUGCUGGGCUGGUCAAUGGCUCUAUCCUAGUGUAUGAUUUAAGGGAUACACGGUCUCAUGUCCAGGAAUUAGUCCCUCAGAAGUAUAGGUGUCCCAUGGUGUCACUGUCUUAUCUACCCCGCAUGGCCUCUGCCUCGCUACCUUAUGGUGGAGUUAUAGCUGGUACCUUAGAAGGAGCCUGCUUUUGGGAACAGAAAGAUAAUAACUCUUAUCGGCCUCACCACCUGCCUGUAGAGCCUGGGGGCUGUAUUGAUAUCCAGACUGAAAUAAACACACGGCACUGCCUUGCAACAUACAGGCCUAAUAAGAACAACCCCUACUUGCGUUGUGUGGUGAUGGAACUUUCCUGUAGUCCUCUAACAGAUGCCUCUGAUAUCAUCAUCUGCUCAUGUCACCCAGUGCAAACGUUCAGUGCUGGGCCUACCUGCAAACUGCUUACCAAAAAUGCCAUCUUUCAGAGUCCAGAGGAGAAUGGCAGAAUCUUGGUGUGUGCUGGUGAUGAGGCGUCAAACUCUGCCAUGUUAUGGGAUGCUGGGAGUGGCACCUUACUGCAGAAACUACAAGCUGAUCUACCUGUGUUGGACAUCUGCCCCUUUGAAGUGAACUGCAAUAACUUCCUAGCUACUCUGACUGAGAAGAUGGUGAAGAUCUACAAGUGGGAAUGAAUAAUAGUCCAUAAGCUCUCCAGAGGAAGGAUUUUCCAAAAUGUGCUGCUGGCCAACCACUUCAAUAGAGUGUCUGGUGCCCCACUGUAGCAGCUCUGCCAUGGACUUUGCCUUCUACCCAUGCUACUCACAGAAGAUUGGAAGUGUCAUGGCACUGCAUGUUGGUGCUUACAGAUCCUUCAAGUACCAUUGUGUCCCACCACAGGAGGCUUUGUCUUCUCCCACCCUAACUUUUGUCUGGUCUUUCUUCAGCUGAUUCCCAAGGUUAUUUUUUUCCCCUAUUUCCAGCCAAAUUUAGCAGUCCACUUCAAUGCAGUGCUCUCUUCUGAGGUUUUCAGCCUGUGUUGCAAAUCCCCUUCCAGCACAGUGUAGGGACUUGCAAACUUUUUAAGACUGAAAAUUGAAAGACCUCCUGAAACUCUUUUGAUCUUGGAAUCCCACUGUUCUAACUGGGUGUGAAAGUGGCAUUAAUCUGAAUACUAGUGUGGCCACUGUCUGGUAUCUGAUUUGGAAUUUUUCCAAUUUUUUUUUAUAUUUUGCUGUGAACAUAAGUUAGUUGUAACAUAACUUAUGCUGUGGAGAAAUUUAUACUGGUUGCAGCUUGAGGGGUAGGGGUGCAGUGCUGCUGAUCCCAGAGAGCAGCUGUUAUGCAGUAACUCAAGGGUGUCAAGCAUAUAGCCUGUAGGCUGCAGCUGGCCCAUGGAGCCUCUGUCCAGCCCAGCAGGCUAUCCAAAGUGGGUGCAUGUGGCCUGCCACAGAAUUCAGGGCCUUUUGACCCCACUGGCUGUGGCUGUUAGCGAUUUUUGAGCUUGGCUCCCUGCUGCUGCUCCUGGACUCACUUCUCCCAUUGGACCCCUUGCUGGUGACCACUGCAGCAGUCCUCAUGCCUCAGGCUGGAUCCAUCUUGCAAGGAGCCCCACAGUAUGGAGCCAUUUAUUUGGGGUCAAAGUUGAGAUAGUUUAGCUUGCUUGUAUUGCCACAGACUCCUGCAUAAGUAAGAGUUACAGCAUAACAACUGUAGCCCAGUCUGGAGCAGCAGCAGCUCUCUCUCCCCUUUUGAAGUCUCUGCAAAUGGACCAUUGUCUAUUCCCUCACUGUUUGUCUGGUCCCAAAGAUUCUAUGCAGAACAAACUAAGUGGGACUUUUCCAUCGGUUAAGCCCAUCCUUUGGCUGCUGGCUUCUUGCCACACAGGAGGUGUUUGUAGAAUUUUAGGGUGAGAACUCUUAUUCUGCAUUUUCCUCUGCAUAUAGUAUUCAGUGUGCUGCCUCCUUUGGUGUUCCCCCAGUCAGGUAAACUGAGAGGCUUGAGAAGGCAAGAGAUUAAAAAAAAUAAUUCCUGUCUUUUAUUUGAAAAAAGGUUAUAAACGAACUCAGUCAGUCAGUCUCUCGAUGGUAGUUCCAACUCAUUUGAACCUUGCCUACGGUUCUGGUGGCUAAACAUGAUUUUUAAAAUGGAAAAGAAUUGGCUGCCUCUGUAUAUUUAAAAAAAAACAAAAAAAACCCCAACUUCGUGGCGACUUAGCCAUCCGCUCCAUGUUAAAUACUGUCUUCUAACUUUAAAAUCCAGCAGUUUGAUUUACCAUCAAGCUGCAGAAUUAUGCUGCAACCUUGGUGUGGAUUAAGUAAAAUUUCCUUUACUUCUGAAUUAUUGAGAGGAGACCAGGAGAACCAAAUGCAAGGCGAUAAGCAGAUUCUCAACUCCUUAGCAAGCAUUUUGUUUCUGUGAAUAAGAAUAUUUCAUGUUCUUACUGUAGAAAUGAGCAGAUUUAAAAUUUCACUUGUGUAUUUUUGCAAAGAGAAAGUUUACAGGGAUGUUAGACAAGUUGCAGAAUGGCUCCUUGUACUGGGGAAACCUGUUCUUGGGCACAGUUCUCUGCCUGUAGCCAACAUAAGUAGUGACCUUCAUGUUACCAGAUCUGUGCCACUACUAAAAUCCCUCCCACUUUCCCUCCUAAAAGUUGGGAUACAAUUCUCCUUUCUAUAUCUUGCCUUUUAAAACAGGAUUGUGUAAAAAAUCUCCAUUUACUUUUAUUUUCUGUAAUAUUUCGUUCCUGUAUUUUUAGAAAAUGUAAAUAAUAAAGCACUUAGUUACCAAAUGCUGCUGUUGCUGCUGC